AUGUCUUCGCGCAAAAGUUCUAGUCGUCGUCGUUCUGCCAACAAAAAGCAAGCUCAACGUCCCUCAACAAACGUGUUUGCCAUGUUCAGUCAAGCUCAAAUCGCAGAAUUCAAGGAGGCAUUCAAUAUGAUCGACCAGAAUCGUGACGGUCUCGUGGAAAAACAAGACUUGCACGGCAUGCUUGCUUUAUUGGGUAAAAAUCCUACCGAUCAUUAUUUGGAGCAGAUGAUGAACGAAGCACCGGGUCCAAUUACUUUCACAACGUUUCUGACAAUGUUCGGUGAACGAUUGCAGGUCACUGAUCCGGAAGAUGUUAUUAAAAAUGCCUUUAGCUGUCUUGAUGAAGGAAAUUCUGGCGUCAUACCGGCAGACCGUUUAAGAGAGCUACUGACUACAAUGGGCGAUCGCUUUACUGAUGAAGAUGUUGACGAAAUCUAUCGGGAGGCGCCUAUUAAAGAUGGCUUACUCGAUUACGUCGAAUUCAUUAAAAUUCUUAAGCGUGGUGGUAAAGAAAAGGUUGAACAAUAA